GUAUUUUAAAAAUGGAGGAAGAAUCCUUGGAUAGAAUCCAACCCCUUAAUAUAGAAGGACAAGAGACUAAGAAGCCUCAGAAACUUGAAAUGAGCAUGUCUUGGGAUGCUAGUGCUGCUGUAGUAUCUAUAACUGAGGAACCGAGUAAAUCCAACCGCAGAAAUAUUACUAUUGGGGCUGUGCUGAUGCUGAUUACCACAGCAUUGCUUACUUCAGGGCACUUUAUGGUAAAAUUAAUCACACAUCAUCAUAAAUACAUUACAUGAUUCGAUAUUUUGUUCUUUGUCGGGAUCAUGAAUGUUACAGCUUAUGGUAUCUUCGCUCGGUUUGCUGGAGCAGAACUUAAUUUCCUAAAACUUGACAAAAAGGUGACAAUGCUACUUUUUGGAAGAGGGAUAACAGGAAAUGUGAAUUUUGUGAUGAUACUUACCUCAAUAACAUUAAUUCCACUAUCAAAAGCAACACUAAUCCUCAGCUUGAAUCCUCUAUCUUGUGCAAUUGUUGCUGCAAUAUUUCUAAAAGAGAAGAUUUCUCCUCUCACUAUCGGAUGUAUCCUGGGCGCAUGAGGAGGAGUAUACCUCCUCACUAUCAAUAAGCAGAGUAAGGGUUCUGAAGAGGGCAGCUUAGUUGGAUACAUCGCUAUGAUCUUGGCAAGCUUUUUCUCUGGUGUAAUAUUCAUCUUCAUGAGGUCUCUGAACAACCAUAAAGCCCAUGUGUCCCAGUGCAACUUCUAUAUGGGAGCGUUUGCCUUGUUGCAAGGAAUCGUACUGUAUCUGACCACUGAUGGGCUCAUAAAUAUCCCGCGCUACACUAUGCUCGACUUCAUUGUUCUUUCAAGUCACGGAAUCUUUUCUGUUCUUUGGACUCUAUGCAUGUUCUUGGCUACUAAAUACACAGAAGCAUCAUUCGUAGCUCCAAUCAUCAACCUUGAAAACUUCUUCACGAUCUUCGGUGAUAUCUUCUUCUUCCACUACUUAUUCAUGACUACCGACUUCAUCGGGAUGACUAUUCUUGGUACUUGUAUUAUUGUUCCUAUCGUGUAUAACUACUAUAAGCAUUAAGACCAAGAAGUGGCAGGCAGGAAAGAAUAAGUGUAAUUCUUGGAUAAGACCUGU